GUCACGGCAAACAUUGUUUGUCCCAUUCCGCUGUCCGUUGUAAAUAAUUCCGGUCAUUUUCUGUGAAGCCAGUCUAACAACCUCAUCUGUGCAAAGCAUGUAAAUCAGCAAAACGACACACCGCGGGGGAGAUGGCAAAUGACCGACUGCGAGCGCUAGAGGAUGUGGAAAAGGAGAUCGCUGUUAUUCUGCAGUGCGCCGGAAACAUUGUGCUGGAGCUGUCCAAGGAGAAGCAUAAUGGCGGUCUACUGGACCGCCAGCUGAGCCAGUUCAUGGGCUCUGUUAACAGGGUGGAGAGUGAGCUGAGUUCCCAGAUCCGCUACCUCACACAAGUGGCCACAGGUCAGCCCCACGAGGGGUCCACGUACUCUUCCCGGAAGGAUUGCCAGAUGGCCCUGAACCGAGCGGAAUAUGCCCGUGUCAAGCUGGGGGAACUGGGCCGGACUUGCGAGAUUCUGCUGGAUCCCCAGACCUGAGACACAGCGCAACCGAAAGACUGUGAUUCUUAAUAACACCCACAGCAUAAAACACACAUGCUGAUACAUAUAGUAUUCUGACACAGACACACACACACACACAUACAUACGUAUAUAUAUAUAUAUAAAACACAUGUACCACUUCCACUUUUGUAUUUUGAAGCCACACAAAGAUCUUGUGGCACAUACACACAAAAGCUCUUCAUUUGGUAAAUUCACUAGCUAAAAGGAAAUGUAUGACUUUAAUAUUAAAGUGUUUUGUAACCUAAGUGAGGGGUCCCUAAAAAGAGAUCUUGAACUACAGACAGACAGACAGACAUACAGACAGACAAAUCCUUGGAGCCUGGAGCCUUUCUCUAUCUUGUCCUCAGCUGAAAAUAUUUUAUAUAAUGUUCAUGCAGCACUUUAGAUAAUAAAGAUACUUAAUACAUGUUAUGGGACUGUGCUGGCUAUGGGACUGGGUGCCUUCUAUAAAAUGGACUGUCUCCUUCUGUAACAAGGGGUGUUUUUUCUCCUGGGUUGCAUUUAUGGAUGCAGCCAGCAGCAGGAUGCCUUUGCUGCAACAUUCAGUGAAACCAAGAGGCCUUUACAGUAUUCUUUUGGAGCAGAAAUGGUAAUACCCAAUAA